UUUGCGUUCUCAAUUUCAGAGAAACUUGUUUCAAGAUGGCGCUACGAGGCUUGAAAGUGGUGGAAAUGGCGGGACUAGCGCCGGCUCCAUUUUGUGGCAUGAUGCUUGCGGAUCACGGCGCGUCGGUCGUGCGAGUCGACAGACCAAGAGCGAUGGAUGUGGAUCGAUUAGCAAAGGGGAAGCGGUCUUUGAGCGUGGACUUGUCCAAGGAAGCGGGAGUUCGGAUUGUGCGCAAGUUGUGUUCUACUGCUGAUGUUUUGAUUGAUCCAUUCAGAAUCGGUGUGAUGGAGAAGCUUGGUCUGGGUCCGAAAGUGUUGAUCGAGGACAACAAGUCUCUCGUUUAUGCGAGACUCAGCGGGUUCGGCCAUUACCCAACAGACGGUUUGACUCGGAAAGCGGGUCAUGACAUCAACUUUUUGGCCACGUCUGGAAUCCUGUCGCGACUUGGCGCUGCCGGCAGUCCACCAGUGGCGCCCGUGAAUCUCCUGGCUGACUUUGGUGGCGGUGGUCUCAUGUGCGGCUUUGGCAUCAUGGCGGCACUGUACAGGCGAGCCCUGGACCCGGAGAAACGAGGCCAGGUGGUGGACUGCUCCAUGACUGAAGGUGUGGCCUACAUGGCGUCAUGGCUGUACACUUCCUCGGGAAUGGAGGCGAUUUGGAGUGGACCCAAAGGAACUAAUUUACUGGAUGGCGGUUACGCCUUUUACAGCUGUUACGAAACCAAGGACAAGAAGUACAUAGCUGUCGGUGCUUUGGAGCCGCAGUUCUUCGACCGUCUGGCCACUGCUUUGAAUCUCUCUGAAGAAAUGCGAUCAGAGCAUCAACUGGACCCAGACGAACAGCCGAGACUCAAGCAACUGCUCGCGGAAACCUUCCGCAGAAAGACUCGUCAAGAGUGGGAAGAGGAAUUCUCGCGUCUUAAUUUAGAUGCGUGCGUCUCGCCAGUGCUGGAGAUGGACGAAGUCAGCAAACAUCCUUUGGCUGUGGCGAGGAAGAGUUUCUUUGAAGACGAUGGUGAAACGAAUGAGUAUGGGGUGAGACCCUGGCCGGCUCCGAGGUUGGAAAACUACCCGGCAGUGCCAAGUAGUCAGUCGCCGAUUGUUGGGCAGCACUCCGUUGAAAUUCUGCGCGAAAUUGGAUACGGGCAAUCCGAGAUUCAAGAAUUUUCCGACGGUGAAAUUAUUUAUGAUUCCGGGGAGUCGUUUUCAUCCAAGUUGUGAUGGGUCUGUAUUACGGGAAUCGUUUGAAUUUUGAGGAGACGACGGGUGAAUUUAUUGGGAUAUUACAUUCUCUGGAGGAUUGUUAGCUAUUCUUUUGGAUGGAAUAGAGAGGCAUUUUUGUGGCUUCGUGUGUCAUUGUGAUGAUUCGCGAUAAAUGCUGAAAUUUGUAUGUACUGUACUGUAUUCUGUCAUCCUCUGUGGGUUCUUGAGUUUGAAUCGUUCAAAUUUUUUGAAAAAGGGUUAAUUCAUUGGAAUUUCACUGUUUAUAUUUGCUAUUGAUUGUACGAAAUAGAGGAAUAUUUUCAUGGCCCACUGCUCA